UGGAUAUAAAUGUAAUUUUUUAGGAUCAGAACACUUGGGAACAUGGCUCUGAGAGGGAGAGAAGCCAGCAGCAGCUCCGCUGAUGACAUGCAAGAGCAGAACUGCAGUCGUGUCAUUACAAUUGUCUUCCUGGCACUCCUCAUCGACUUGUUGGGAUUUGCUCUCAUCUUGCCAUUGUUUCCUUCCAUCCUUGAUUAUUACAGCCAGACUGAGGAUGGAUUCUAUUUGUCAUUGCAACGUGGUGUGGACUGGUUUGCAGCAAUGGUUGGAAUGCCUCCAGAGAGGAAAUACAACAGUGUCUUGUUUGGAGGCUUGAUUGGCUCAGUGUUUUCCAUCCUUCAGUUUUUCUCCUCUCCCCUCACUGGAGCUGUAUCAGACUGCUUGGGCAGAAGGCCAGUCAUCUUGAUGACAGCGAUGGGUUUGAUAGCAUCUUAUGCACUAUGGGCUGCAUCUCGGUCUUUCGGCGUUUUUCUUCUCUCCAGGAUGAUAGGUGGAAUAAGCAAAGGGAAUGUCAGCCUCUGCACAGCUAUAAUUGCUGACUUGGGCUCUCCAAAAGCACGGAGCAAGGGCAUGGCAAUGAUUGGUGUUGCUUUCUCCCUCGGUUUUACUCUGGGUCCCAUGAUUGGAGCUUAUCUAGCCAUGAAGACAGAAAAAGGAGAAGUCUUCUAUCUUCGUUCAGCAUUAUUAGCACUCACGUUUGCUGCAGCUGACUUGAUUUUCAUCUUCUUCCUGCUUCCAGAGACACUUCCCAAAGAAAAACGGGUCUCCUCUGUGACAACUGGGUUUCAGGCAGCAGCUGACCUGCUCAGUCCUUUGGCUUUAUUUCGGUUCUCUGCAGUCACCCAAGGAAAGGAGGCUCCUUCAGAUCAGAAUCUUCAGAACCUCAAAAUCUUGGGCCUGGCUUACUUCCUGUACCUCUUCCUGUUUUCUGGAUUGGAGUAUACACUAAGUUUUCUUACUCACCAGAGAUUCCAGUUCAGCAGUAUGCAGCAGGGCAAGAUGUUUUUCUUUAUUGGAAUAACAAUGGCUGUGAUCCAGGGAGGCUAUGCUCGCCGAAUAAAGCCAGGAAAUGAAAUCAGAGCCGUAAAAAGGGCCAUUUUGGUGUUGAUUCCAGCAUUCCUGUUAAUUGGAUGGGCUGCAAAUGUGACCCUGCUGAGCGCUGGACUGUUGCUGUACUCGUUUGCUGCUGCCAUUGUUAUCCCGUGUUUGUCUGCAGUGGUAUCAGGCUACGGUUCUGCCAGCCAAAAAGGAAGAGUCAUGGGGAUCCUGAGGAGCCUGGGAGCUCUUGCGAGGGCGCUGGGACCUGUCCUGUCAGCCACGGUUUACUGGCUGGCAGGGGCAGAGAGUUGCUUCACCAUCUGUGGAGCUUUUUUCCUCAUCCCCUUCAUUUUACUCGGUUCUAUCAAACAGCAGUCAAAGGAGAAGUAGGCAAAGGCAAGAAGAAACCAGAGCUAUCAUCAGCUUCCAAGGACCUCCCCACCACCCAAUUCUCACCACCUGAGUCCAGUGACCAAACUGGGAGAAGAGGAUGUUCUGGAAGGAAAAGUGCAAUGACCACAUGCAGUAACAGCGGGCUGCAGAUUUCUUAUGGCCUCCACAAGCACUUCAGUUGACAGCCUCACAAUUGUCUUGGCCGGUUUUGAAAAUGAAACCAAAAAAGGGAAAACAAAACAUGUAGCAGUUCAGUAAAGCAUGAAGACCAUCAGAUGAGGCUUGGCAAGCUGAGACUGGCGUUAUGGCAGCGCUGCUGCACACCAUGCCCCAAAAUGACAGUUGGACACCAAGUGCUGCUCGCCACCACGCUGCAGUCCAUAAGGUGCUGCUCUUUGCGCAUCUCCUUUGUCAUCAGCACAAGCCUGAUGAACCCCACUGCCCAAAGCCUCUGCGAAGAGGACUCUUCUGCCUCCAGCUAGCAGAGAACAAAUGUACAGGAGUUGUCUGACAGACACUGGAUGCUGCACAGUUAUCUAUCAGUGGAGCUGGUAAGAGCCGUACCAACUGCCUUAAAACCUGAUAAUCAAAAAGAAGAGCAAGCAGCACGCUCCAGGCUUCCUGAGCCUGACUGGUACUUGGUCUUAAAUGGACUGUUUUUACUACACAAUUAAAUUGAGCUGUUUUAUAUUUCUGGUACUGCAUGUUUUUUGAUGACCAAUCACUGUUUGUUUGCAUUACAAAUAAACUGUUACGUUGUGCACUCAUCCAGCCAGUGAUCAGUGCAAACCCAA